AUGGACUCAGACACCGAAAGCGCCGGCUCUCCCGUUCCUCCGCCGUACACUGAAGCCUCACACUCCGGUACCGUCCUCGGUGGGGCGCAACCAUCGAGUCCUAGAGCUACUAGGAGCCCGUCGCCGAGUUCUGUGCGUCAGGCUCGGAUCGCAGCGAUGGAGAGGAGAAACGCGGAGAUACUCGCCGCUCAGCAGGCCGAGGCUGCUGCCAACGUUGCUCCGACAUUUGAUGCCUUCGAUGAAGACUACGAGAAACGCACGGAGUUUAGGAGGAUGGUCGAACCGGGGAUCAUGAGGCCCAAUACGAGAGAGGUUGCUGUGCGAUCCUUGAAAACCUUAUCCACCCUGGCCCAGAAUCUUCUGAAGGAUCCUGAUAACGAGAAGUACCAGAGUUUCAAGACGACGAAUAGUGUCAUCAAACGCGAUCUGCUCGAUCCUAAAGGCACGCUAGAAUACGCGGUGGAGAUGGGCUUUCGUCCUGAAGUUGAAGAUUUCCAGCCUUAUUAUAAGUUCAACAAGAAAUACAUGAAAGAUCUGCGCGUAGGGGCCGCAGUUCUCUUGGAAGCUCUAGACGUACAGAUGACCAAGGAGGAGAAGAUAGCUGCCAGUCUCAAAUCUAAGAAGGGCGAGGAGGCUGCUCGCGUUGCUCAAGCGAAGUUACAAUUCAUGGAUGAUCGUAAGACCAAGGCUUUGCGAGAUCAGCGCGAGAAGCAGCGUGCCGCCGCGCAAGCCGAGGCACGCCACAGAGCUGAGCUAGCUCAGCUUCAGGCUGCCCGUCAGCGUCGUGAUGAGCCUUGA